AUGGAUCAGAUCAAGCCCCCGAAGAACCUUAUACUGUCUCGCGAGAGCAUGAACACGGCUCUGGACGCCCUCCGGGCUGGGCGAUCGAUGAAAGAGGCUACCCAGGAGGUGGCCAAGACUAUUUCUACCAAGACGGUGGGUAAGCCUCUUGCUCCACCCUCCUCCCGAGCUCCCAAACCGAGUACCCGGGGAACCAGGCCUGCCAGGUCCCACAGCAGUAGGUCGAGCUCGGCUAUUCAGCCCCCUCGAGCUUCCCGGUCCCCACAAACUUCCGCUGAGGGAGCAAAGAAAGCUCCAAAAGACACCGCUGGGUCAUCCGUGGGCGCCGAGCCGGAGGGAGCGAACUCAACUUUGCCUUUCGGGGAGGCCCCUGAAGAGAGAAUCGAGACCCCCGUAACUGAAGAGACGGCUCCUGGAGAUGAAGCGAGGGUCAUCCUUAUGGAUGAGGAUGUAAGAGAAGCUGCUGGUGAGGAUGCUCUGGUUAUUAGGGAUAUCCUCGUGAAGGCUACCGAGACUAGAGUGGCUGAGGAUGCUCUUCCCCAAAAGGAGUCCUCAGGUGUUUCUGAAGAAGUUUCUGGGAGGAUGGCGAGCAAGCGUCCUCUCCACUCUGACGCUCCUGCCUCAGCUCCUAAGAAGUUUCAAGCUCCCAGACGCCCGGACCCUGCUUUGCCUCCCCUCGAGAAGAAGAAGACCUCGGUCGUGCCCCUGCUGUCCGCUUCUAAUAAUGACAUCUUGAAUGCAGAGGACAUCACCCACCAGUCCCCGGCGAGUGCGGUCGCUGAGAUGAUCCGGGAACGGAUGUUUGGUGGGAUCACGGCGGCUUCGGAUCCUCGCCUGUUGGCUCUUUCCGGCCUCCUGGCCAGCUCUACACAAGAGCAGACGGCCUUCCGAGCUCGGUCCAGAGAGGACCUCGGGAAUACUGCUAGGGAGUUGCUCUUGAUGGUCACGAGUAUAUUCAUGGAGAUGGAUGCCCGGGAUCGCACUCUCAAGGAAUCUGUGGACCGUCGUAUCGAAGAGGCGCGCCUUGAGGAGAACUUAUCCGCGACCAGCGAUGUUCGGGGCAAUCUCGCCGUUGUCCGGGAAGACUACAGGUCCCUGAAGUUUGAUUUGCAUAUGGCCUUGGAGGCCCGUAAGAAGGCUGAAGGGGAGACAGCUGAGGCGCAAAAGCAUGCCCAGUCUCUAGAAGCGGAGUUGUCUCACGUCCGGAGGGUUCUCAAGGAAUCUGACGAGAGGUCAGCUACAGCAGAGGUCCGUUGUGAGGAAGUUCUAAAGCAGCUGUCCUCCACGGUGGAUGCUCUGCGUGAGAAGGAUGAGGCCGUGAGCCAGAAGGAGGAGGUCCAGCACCAGAAUGAGCAGUUAAAGGCAGAUUUUGAUGCCGCGUCGGCUCAAAGGAAUGAAGCUCUAGCUCGGGUCGUGGUUCUGGAGUAG